AUGACAUAUCGAUUGUACACGCGUACUCAAGAUUUUGAAUCACUUGGACAAUGUUUCGUUAGUUUUGAUUUAACUGAAUUUGAUUUUCGAUCAAAUCCUCCAUUAUCUUAUUAUGUUAAAUAUUGGUUCAUUGACAUUGACGAUUUGAUCGAUUGUCUCGCCUCUAAGUUUAAUCAAAGAAUCACUUUAAUUAUAUCUGAUCUUGUUAUGCAUAUUACUUAUGAUAUUCUUCGUCCAAUAUUUCCUCAAAUUAUUCAAGUAAUCAUCAUUGGUAAACCAUCGUAUCGAUAUGAAAAUGUUAAAUAUUUUCCUGAUGCUCAAUUACUUGUAGAUCAUCUUUCUUCCGUUGUACGUGAUCGUCAACGUGUUUACAUAACUUUUGAUUCGUGGCCUGUUGAACGAACAUCGUAUGAUUUAAAUAAACAUACUGCCAAAUAUCUUUGGUACGGUUAUUUCUAUUUUAUUCUAUCACGUUUAAAAAAUACUAAUGUAGCACGAGAAGAAAUGUUGGCAAGUAUACAAGCUUUUCAUAUAAAACAAACUGAUAUUGUGAAAAGAACAUGUAUGGAAUUUCAACAAUCAUAUAAUUCAAACGAUAUAAUCAAAUGGUACACUAGAGAAUCUUUUUUCUAUCUGUUAUUGAAUCGAACAUUACGAUCAGAAGAUAUUAAUCAUAUCUUUGCCAUGCGUUAUGUUAUAUUUGAUCUGGAAAAUUACUUGCGACAACAUCGUCAUGAAAACCAUUCUCUUAAAACUGUCUAUCGUGGUCAACAAUUACAUUUGGAAGAAAUACAAGAGAUCGAAGCCAAUAUAGGUGGUCUUAUUGGAUUAGCUGCUUUUUGGUCGACUACACAUUCGGAAGAAACUGCUUUUAAUUUUGCUGAAAUUUGGCCUCGACAUCGAACAGAUUCAGUUGAAAGAGUAAUGUUUUCUAUAAAUAUUCCUUAUGGUAUUCAAGGUCUAUACUCGGAUAUAUCACAAUUCAGUAGAAUAGAGUACGAACUCGAAGUUUUAUUUUCUUUUCGUUCGAUGUUUCGAGUUGAACGAGUGAAAAGAACUGGAACUGAUCGAUUUUGGUAUAUCGAUUUAACUUUGAUUGAUGAGAAUGAUGAACAAUUUGUUUCGAUUAUGCAUCCAUGGUAUUCAUCAACAAAAGAUAUUAUCCGUCAUCGAUCUUUUUUCACACUACAAAAUGUACAAAUUAAUGGGAACUUUUUUCGUAAUUUAACCUUGGAAAAUGGAUCAUUUUUAGCUUUUCAAUUAUUAGUUGAUAUGAUGUUACGAUUAGAUCAAAAUGAAUUUGCUCGUAAUGAACUUUUGCAAGUUUGUCGAGAUUCUUAUGCAGAUGAUCCUAUCGAAUUGAAAAAGAUUGACACAUUCGAACAAACAUAUGAUCCUCGAGAUGCAAUUAAAUGGUAUACGACAGAUUGUUUUCUUUAUCGAUUAAUAAAUCGUUCGUUAAGAACUGAAAGUAUCGAUCAUAUUUUUAAAUUACGUUAUUUUAUUCAUGAUCUUCAUAAUCAACUUGCUCAAAUACAAAAAGAAUUUCUUCGUCUAUUACCAUCAAAUCAAAUCAUUCUACAACUUUAUCGAGGUCUUAGAAUGCAACUACAUGAAUUACAUGAUCUAGAACGUAAUGAAGGAAAUCUUGUUUCGACAGAUACGUUUUUAUCAACAACAAGUGAUUAUGAAGCCGCUCUUUCCUUUUCAGGCGAUGGAAAUGUUGAAGAUAAUUAUGUUUCUGUUAUUUAUGAAAUUACUGUCGAUACAACACUCACACAUUGGAUACCAUUCGCUAAAAUUGAUUAUCAUAGCAUUUUUAAAGAUGAAGAUGAAGUUCUUUUCUCAAUGGGUGCAGUUUUUCGUGUUGGACAAGCUAAACAAUUAAAAGAUCGUUUGUGGAUGAUUGAAUUAACAUUAACAUCAACUGAAGAUGAAUAUUGGAAUGUCUUAACAAAUCAUUUACAUUCUACAUGA